AAGAGAGAAGAGGGGUUCUUAUAUAAAAAAACUCCUCCUCCCCCUGGGCCUGGAGCCCUGGAGCCCAGUAUCUGCCUUCCCCUCCCCUUGAAGGGGAUCAGUUGUGGAAGAAGAAACAGAUCAAAAGGGGGAAAAACCAGGAGAAAGAACAAAGUCCUCCCAGCUCUGACCUCUCAGGUCAGACUUAGGGCUCUCAGGGACAGACAGACUGAGGGACAAUGCAGGCCUACACGGUCAUGUCCCUGCUGCUGGCAGCCUUUCUUCUAGUGGAAAGCCCAAAGGCCUGGAGCCACCAGGUCUCCCGCCGUGACCUCUUCUCACGAGAGUCCCCCCUGGACAUGGCACCAGCCUCCUUUGACGAUCAGUAUGCAGGUUGUGCAGCAGCCAUGGAGGCAGCCCUCCCUGACCUCAACCGCACUGAGUUCAACGCAAGCCCAGUCUAUGCUGAGGCCUGGAAAUCAGCAGCUGCCCGUUGGCAGGAGCGCCGGGACUGGGAGCUAAAGGGGACCCCUACCUCUCGACGGCUGCCACCACCGGGCUUCAGGGACGAACAUGCCGUGGCCCUCCUGGCCUACACUGCCAAUAGCCCUCUGCACCGAGAGUUCAAUGCAGCGGUGAGAGAGGCUGGCAGAUCCCGGGCCUAUUACCUCCGAUAUUUUCCUUUUAAGACACUUCACUUCCUGCUCACAGAGGCCCUGAGACUGCUGGGCUCGGGGCAGCAGCCCAGGUGCCAUCAGGUCUACCGGGGCAUACAUGGGGUCCGCUUCCGGCCUGUGGGGCCAGGGGCCACUGUUCGCCUAGGAGCCUUUGCCUCAGCUUCCCUUAUGGAUGCUGCUGCCCAUCAGUUUGGAGAAGACACCUUCUUUGGCAUCUGGACUUGCCAGGGGGUAGUUAUUAAGGGCUAUUCCUUCUUCCCCGGGGAGGAGGAAGUGCUGAUUCCUCCCUAUGAGACUUUCCUUGUGGUCAAUGCCUCGAUGCCGGCUCAAGGUCCAGUCCGCAUCUACCUCAAAGCCCGGGACAAAGCCAGCACCUUUAACUGCGAGUAUAUCAAAGACAAGCAGUGCACUUCAGGACGCUGCAAACAAAAUAAUUCAGCAGCAGUAAUGAGAAUGGAGCCCUUCUCCCCAUCCCAGCAACUCCUGCCUCUGCUCUGGCUCCUCACGAUGUUGAUAUCUCUUGACCCCCUAAGUCUCCUCUGACUACUGUCUAGCCUCAUUGAUACUCUUCAGCUCAGGGUAUAUGAGCUCAAUGCAUACAUGACAGAUGUGUGUGAGUCAAGACAGAGCUGAAAGAUGUACCUGGCCUGAUAUCUUGGCACCUCAGUACAGAGCAGUGGUGGAGACUGAAAUAGCCAUAAAAGUUCAAAAUUUUGGGAGGCUGAAUUAAGACAGUCAACGUUCCUGUAUUUGGCCUCGACGCUGACUCAUCACGGGACCCAGAAGGUUGGAGACCACAAUCAGCUGGAACUUCCCCUGUCUUACAGCUAGCAAACUUUCAUCUGCUGCUCCUAUACUCCCUCUGAUGUUGAGGUGAAAACCGCUUUUCUUUGCUUCUCUGUUCAUGAGCUCGUACCCGUACACAGCAAUGCCUCACCCCUAGCCCCCUUCCUAGCCUCUUCCGCUCUCCUCCUUACCCAUGCCCUCUGGAACCCUCACUGUAUCAUUAACAAAUUCCCCUUUACCCCAGAUCUUUCCUCUCAUACUUUAUCUCCUUGAGCUAAGGAAAACCUGGCUCUAUUUGGAAGAUACUAUAUCCCUAGAUAACCUCCCUACUCCACCAUUGCUAGGUGUUCCUUCUCUUAUGUCACCGGGUGACACUGGAUCUCGAUCCAGAAAGAGUUGACAUAUAUACUCUUGCUCCUCAAUGUCACUUCUAGAUUUCUCUCUAUUAUUGUCAUUCAGGAACAGCUCCUCCUUUGAGGCUCAUCCCAUCUAUCUAUAGCACCCAUUUGAGAUCCUUAAUACUCUUUGAUACUCUCUCAUUACUCCCUCAAGGACUCGGUUAUCCAUCUUCAAAUUUUCCUCUUCAUUCCUACCCUGCCUUCAUGCCUGGGGCCUCCCAGUUCUUCAAACUUCCUGAUUCCCAUCACCUGCAUCUUCAAUUCACUUCAACCACACACAGGAGGUGGUCUCAUACCUUAGCUUUCCCCAUCACCCCAAAAUUAUUCUACUUCUAUGAUCUUGAAGUAUGAAAUGCCCCUCCCUGAAAACAAUAUUUUAUUCUUCCUUCUGUGUCUCACUCCUAAACCUAUUCUUUGCCCUUACCUGAAUCUUCAGUUGCUCAGUUCCUCCAAUUUGUCUCCUGACAGGGACUCGGUUUUUGUUCUUUCACAGUCUUGACCCUAUAUGUAACUCAGAGAGGUCUGAGAGCUCCUAGAUCAUACCCACAGAGGAUAUGCACUAUCUUCCACCCUUGAAUCCAUUGCCCUCUUGUCUUUUUGCUGUUUGCUCAUGUCCCUCUGAUCCUGAACUCUGGAUCACCACUACCACCACUGAUUUUUUCUGUGAUCCAACUGCUAAGCUGCUGAAAGCCAUUGGAAGAAAGCCAUUUGGUCCAUCACAAAUUCAUGCUGUCUCAUCUUAGCUGGGCUCCCACUACUGCAUGACAAUCCUUUUGUGCCUCCCUAUCCCCUAUUUUAUUCUUCUCUUCACACAUUAACUAUUCUAAAUAUUUUCUUCUUUUUUUAAGCUUCCAGUGCUAUCUCUUUCCUCAUUCACUCAUGGCAGUCAAUUUUAUCUCCUUCUUUACUGAAGUAAUAGUAACAAUCCCCCCUCCAUGCCAGCCCUAUCAGGGAUAGGGCUCCUACUCCCUCCCUUUCUACCAAAGAGCCCCCCGCUUUAGCUCUGGAUUCUGGCACAUAAGUGGGAUACAAUGCUGGAAGAGCCUGACCAACAGAAUCAGAGAUCAUCUCUUGACUCCCACUCUAGAGUCCCAGGAAGAAUCAUUUAAAGCUUAGGUUUGUCUCAUGUCUAGUGUCUCCCCAGAAGGCAAGACUAGAAAGGUACUCAACAUACAAUGUAAAUCAGGUACAGGACUGCUAUUUAUUUCCUCCACACAAAAGAAAUUCUUAGGUAGGCACAUUGACAAGACUUAAACAAACAGCAAAAAUAACUCAUAACUACUGUUAGUCUCUCAUUGAGGCUAGUGCUUAAAACAUUAAAACAUGAAGCACUUUGUGGGAUUGCUUAAUCAGCAUUUCACCUUCACCUCAGCUCUGUGCUGUCCAAACAAAUGUCAGGUCCAGAUCUGGCAAGCCAAAUGGAUUGGACCCAUCUUUCUGCUGCUGGUCAUCUUCUUCAAAAAGUAUUGGUGAGGUUGCUGGUGAUUCCUCCCAAAGUACAGCCACCUUUGAUUGAGGACCCAGGAGCUUCUAACCUCUUUAAUUUACAAGGCUGCCUUCAAGGCUAGAAAUGUCUAUCCUGGGAUUACCACUAAGAUACCUAUACUCAAGAAUAAACAAAACAGAAAAGGCAACCCAAGAUGUUUCACCAACACAGCUUAUACCAUCCUCCAUGUAUUCCCACCAGUCACCAUGUUUCAAAGGUGAAGGAAGGGAAACCCCUUUCAGGGGCUCAGAAUGAGGCUCUAGGGGUCCUGAUAUGAUGAGCAGAUAAGAAGAGAGAGAAUGAGAGUGAGAGGAAGAGAGAGAGAGAGACAGGCAGACAGAGGGAG